UGUUGCUGGUAAGUUCCCCAAAGGUUUGGAGAAGACGUUACGAGUAGCAAUGUGGUGUGAAACAGCACCGCCACGCGCAGUAAGCCCUGUGAAGACGUUUCUCUAGUAGCUGUGUGUGACGUCAAACAGAGCAGCUAGCUGUGGAAUACUACAAGAACACGACCAAUGAACUAUGGAUAGUCACGUGAUCUCUUGUGUUGUGUUUCCUGGUAAUGGAACGCUGACUGGACUCAAAACAACAUGCUGGCACUGGGCACUGAAGAACUGCGAAUAGCAGAGUCGGCUCUCAAGGAGUUCUUCCCUCAAUCCAUCAAGGUGUAUGGCUGCCUUUUCAACCUCAACAGAGAGAAACCACAUAAUCUAGAAGUCCUGGUGGAUUCCUGGCCUGACUUUAAAACUGUAAUCUGUAAACCGCACAGCAAGAGUGUGCGGGAUCGAGAAGGGGUUUUUAAUAUAUACAGCGUGUUCUCGAAAAACAAAGACAACUUGCGGAAACUACUGGAAGAGACCGGUGUUGUCGAGUGGAGCGCAUUUGCUUUGUUUGCAGGCAUUGAAAUUGGGCAUGUAGACAUGAUGAAGGAACUUGCCGUUUCCAAAAACACCCCUUCAAAGAUCGGAUCGGUGAUGCAUGUCAUGAUGUUGAGAGAUGUCAGACGUCUUCCUCAAUUGCCUUCGGAAAGCGAUGCCUCACCCAGGCUGUCCUCGCUGGAUGAGUCUCAUGCGGAGCUGGUUAACAAAACCUGGAGUUUUGGUGGCACUGAGAUCAGCUAUAGAUCUGUCAAGAACUAUAUACAGAAUUUCCCAAACUUCUGCAUUUUGGAUGAGUCUGGCAGCCCAGUGGCCUGGAUACUGCUCUACCAGCACUGCGCUCUGGGACUUCUCUACACUUUACCUGAGUGCCGCAGAAAGGGCUGGGCCAGGGUACUGGUAACUGUAAUGUCCAAACACCUCCUCAGCCAGGGAUAUCCAGUCUACUGCUUCAUCGAAGAAGGCAAUGAGAUUUCUUACCGAUUGUUCAAAUCGCUGGGGUUUGAGGAGGAUCCCGACUAUAGAGCUGUGUGGUUUGAGUUGAACUGCCCUUAGAUUCAUUGUUUUCAAAUAUGUAAACGUAUCUGUUGAAUGCAACCUGCUGGGAUAUGGUAACAUAUGGUAGCUAAGGCAGGAAGUUUGGUUGUACCCAAUUAUAAAGUUCAAACGGAACCAAACUGGGGUUGCUUUGCUUUCCCUGGUCACUGCAUAAAGGGUUGCACAACAACAUGCUUCCUAUUGAUAGGUUAAGGAAUAAGGGGUUAUGUGUGAGAGAAGCUAUAUUAAAUCCCCAAACUGUGUUGUCUUGUUGAUUCUCUUAUGACCUUUGCCUGGGGACAAUGGAACACCCAACUGCUGUACUGAAUUGAAUAAAACAUAAUUGUUGGAAUCACAAUAAUUAUUUAUACUGAUAGAUGCAUGAAAGAAAAAAGAACACUAACUUCUAAAUAACUUUUAUUUUAAAUCAACACAGCUUAGGGGACAUUUUAACUAUUUUUAACAUGUGCAUAAUUAAGGACACACAUUUGUAAUACUCUUGAUUUGAGCUACUUUGUUAGAAUUGCUUGAAAAUGUCCUCUAAAACAAAUUGUGAAAAGGUGCCAAAAAAGGCUUGCAUAGCGUUUCAUGGGCUUUAGGGUUCAUUUUGUUUCGUUACAAGUUGCAGAUGCAUUACUAACACUAUACAGCUGCUGGUGGCAGUCCUUUGCUUCCCAACAGUUGUAAAAAUGAUAUUAGAAUAAUGGAAUGAAAUCACAAGAGAUAAAGGCUCAAACAUUACAA